CGAAAGGAUGCCAGGUCAGAGACUGGGCCCUGGAGACGUUGAUCCUCGGAACCUUGGAAAGAAAAAAGUAACCGCAAGGUAAUCUCGCACAAUGGCUCUUUCGGUUGACUCUGCAAAGUGGCUGACAGAGGUGGUGGUGAAGGGACUCCAGCAGGUGGCGGAUGUGCUGUCCUUCAUUGGGAUCUUCUACGUAGGGAAGGUGACACUAACGGUGGUCUGGGACUUGACCUCGGCUCUGAGGGUGCAUGUCUGGUCCAAGCUGGUGUCCAGGGACCUGGCUCGAGAAUAUGGUGGCAAAUGGGCAGUUGUGACAGGUGCCUCUGAUGGCAUAGGCAAAGGAUAUGCUGCUGCCCUUGCCAAGAAGGGCAUGAAUGUUAUGCUGAUCUCCCGCACUCAAGAGAAGUUGGAGAAGGUUGCUCAAGAUAUACGUGGCCAGUAUGGAGUCGAGACAGAAAUUAUGCAAGUAGAUUUUGCUCUUGGCCGACCAAUAUAUGAAGACAUUGGUAAACACCUUGCAGGCAAGGAGAUUGGGAUUUUAGUCAACAAUGUUGGAGUGAUUGGCAGUGGACCGUGUUUCUUCGAGGAUAUGGUUGAUGAUGACCUCUGGGCACUUAUUAAUGUAAACACAGCAUCUGUGCCAGCUAUGACAAAAUUAGUGCUACCUGGCAUGUUAGCGCGCAAGAAAGGUGCCAUCAUCAAUAUCAGCUCAAUUGGAGGACAGAUGUCAGUGCCACUACUUCAGGUUUAUUGCGCAACAAAGUCAUUCGUCAACCGUUUUUCUGAAGUAUUGGACUUUGAGUACCGGUCAUCUGGUAUAACUGUGCAGAAUAUCAUACCUUCUGCAGUUUCAACCAACAUGACUAGGUUUGAUCCACUAAUUCAUACAGAAGGUUUGCUCACUCCAAAUCCCAAUACUUUUGCUGCUCAUGCUCUCUCUACGCUGGGUUAUGCUCGGUACACCACUGGAUACUGGACUCAUGGGAUUCAGUCUUGGCUCUACGAGAAAGCACCAUCGUCACUGCUGGCAUAUGCGUACAUGUGGAGGUUUAUGGCUGUCUCAACCUUAAAGAAAUCAAAUUGAAAUUCUAAAAAACAUCGUUUUCCAAAUUUGCAUGGCAGUAAAUUGUCUAGUCACACAAAAGCCACAUAUUUAUACAAAGCUGUUAAAAAGGACUAAAGUUUAUUAUUAAUCUUCUAUUUAUUGAAGGAUUCUGGAGCAGUUGUUUUUAUUGUAUUACAGUCAUCUAUUAUCUUUGUUGGUUACUAUUUGGAAAAAGUAUUAUGUAAUACAAUUACUUAACCAUUGUAUAUUUACUGUACAACAGCAUAAAUAUCUUAAAAUAUAACAUUUUCAUAUUAUAUAACCAAAAGUAAUAUUAAAAGGGAAAAUCUUAAUUUA